GCUGCCGACGGUACUCCGCUACAGUCGCAUCGGACGGCGCCAGGCAACCAGCCGGAGGGCGGUGCCCCCGGCUGCGUGGACGCGCGGCCGCCCGGAAGUGACGCGUCGCCCCGCUGGCUCUGCGGAAGUGGAGAUGGCGGAGCUGUACGUUAAGCCGGGCAACAAGGAGCGCGGUUGGAACGACCCGCCGCAGUUCUCCUACGGGCUACAGACCCAGGCCGGGGGACCCAAGCGCAAUCCGCUAACCAAGAGAGUCGCCGCUCCCCAAGAUGGAUCCCCCAGAGUCCCCACUUCAGAGACUUCUCCUGGCCCCCCCCCAAUGGGGCUUCCACCUCCUUCAAGUAAGUCUUCCAGGCCCCCAGCUAUGGGGACUUGUCCUGCCCCCACUGUGGAGCCCACAGAUUUGCCCGUCACUGAGUGUGAGACUCUGCUGGAAGAUGUGCUGAGACCUUUGGAACAGGCAUUGGAUGACUGCCACGGGCACACAAAGAAGCAGGUGUGUGAUGACAUCAGCCGACGCCUGGCUCUGCUGCAGGAACAGUGGGUUGGAGGGAAGCUGUCAACACCUGUAAAGAAGAGGAUGGCUCUGCUGGUGCAGGAGCUUUCAAACCACCGGUGGGAUGCAGCAGAUGACAUUCACCGCUCUCUUAUGGUUGACCAUGUGACCGAAGUCAGUCAGUGGAUGGUGGGAGUUAAAAGGUUAAUUGCAGAAAAGAGGAGUCUGUCUUCAGAGGAGAUGGCUACAGCCACAGCUGAGGAGAACCAGACCACACCAGGUGUCCAACAGGACCCGUAAUCCUGCGCCAGACUCACUGCACGCCACCUCCUACGACUUGGCGUGGGAGGCCUUAUCUCACUGGACUUCCUCUUAGCGCUUGGGAGACUGUCUGCCCCAUGGGGGUAUUUGGCUGACCCACCUAUAGGGGAAGAGGUCCCACCUGGGCCACAGGGAGGUUACUUGUUAACACUACCAUUUGCAUUUCAAUAAAAACAUCUCCGUGGUGGGCCCUGGGUAGGAGAUAAACCUUU